GCAAAUCAGUGCACAGGUCACGGCACGUAGAAGUCCCCAUCCACCACCUCCACCUGAAGCACAACCCUCUCCUUCUCCUCUACAUAAACCAACACACCCUUAAGAAUUAUGUACACAUAUCCAGCCGAGUUAAUUCCCUCGCCUACUCCAUUUCCACCAUCCACGUACACCACCUUUAGCUCCAUGGCUUUCCCAAGAAACAAAUGCCUGUUGGCAGCCUUGGCAGUGAUCGCCCUCUGGGCUUCUCACGCGGCAUCAUCCCGCACGCUCACCGACGUAUCGACGAAGGAGAAGCACGAGCAAUGGAUGGCUCUGUACGGGCGCGCGUACAAAGACGCGGCCGAGAAGGAGCGCCGCUUCAAAAUUUUCCAAGCCAACGUCGAAUUGAUCGAAUCAUUCAACGCUGGGAACCACAAGUUCAAGCUCGGGGCCAAUCAGUUUGCGGACCUCACCAAUGAAGAGUUCAGGGCCGUGCACACAGGAUUCAAACCUUCCCAGGCGAGCUCGGGGAUGGCGACGAAGAGCUUCAAGUAUGAGAACGCCACCGCAGUGCCCGUCAGCAUGGACUGGAGGGCCAAGGGUGCAGUUACUCCCAUCAAGGACCAAGGCCAAUGCGGAUGCUGCUGGGCCUUCUCUGCUGUGGCCGCGAUGGAGGGAAUCACCAAACUCAGCACCGGGAAGCUCAUCUCUCUAUCGGAGCAAGAGCUCGUCGACUGCGACACCAAAGGCGAGGAUCAAGGAUGCGGUGGGGGUCUCAUGGACGAUGCUUUCAAAUUCAUCAUCAAGAAUGGAGGCCUCACGACCGAAGCCAAUUACCCCUACGAGGCCGCUGACGGCACGUGCAACACGGGGAAAUCGCAUUCCCAUGCGGCCACCAUCGGCGGCUACGAGGACGUGCCGGCCAACAGCGAGGCGGCGCUCCUGAAGGCGGUGGCGAACCAGCCGGUGUCGGUCGCCAUCGAUGCCGGCGGCUCUGCUUUCCAGUUGUACUCGAGCGGCGUGUUCACGGGGGACUGUGGGACCGAAUUGGAUCAUGGUGUCACUGCUGUUGGUUACGACAAGACGAGUGAUGGGACUAAGUAUUGGCUGGUGAAGAACUCGUGGGGUUCAUCUUGGGGCGAGAAUGGAUACAUCAGGAUGGAGAGGGACGUGGAUGCCAAGGAGGGGCUCUGCGGCAUUGCCAUGGAAGCUUCUUACCCAACUGCUUAAGGGGAUGGAUAUGUAUAUGUGUGCUUCUUAUGCUUGUCUAUGUGCAUGGCUUCAAUCUUGCUGACACCUACGGUGUUCAAAAUUACAGCAAGGUAAAAACGUGCCUUUGGGCCUCAAAAUGGAAGUCUGGAUACAUAUAUAUAUAUAUAUAUAAUUGUCGAUGUAGUAUAUAAGUUGGGCAACAGUCUUCAUUCUGAUCUUCCUAUUCAUAUCAGCAUAAAUCGCAGCUUAGCUUGCUCAUUGGCUUUGGAUCUAGGGAUUCCUAGUCGUUGUUCUUGUCGUUGUGGACUUCUCAGAGUUUCUUCCUGCAUUAAAUACGGAGGCCUUACAAAUAUUAGUACGGCUGCUA